UAAAUAACUAUCUAUGUGAGCUGAUCACAGAGUCUAUAUAUAGAUUCACAUCCGUCACUCCCGUUCGUAUAAUAUAUCUUAUUCUCCGGUCAGCUUUCAAGGAACCUUGGAGUGUACCUGAAGGUUGGGGGAGGCACCAGAGAAGGAAAGCAAGAGCACAAAGAAAAAGAAGCUGAAGAUGAGUAAUGCAGAGGAGAAGAGCGAGAUAAUUACAAAUGAGGAAUGGUUAAGCUCGUUGAAGAAGAGGGUAGACGAAACAAAAUGGGAGGGUUGGCGCACCGAUGGGCCGACCAUCUUCAAAGUCCCUAGAAUCUUUCAAGAGGCAGAUCCGAAGGCAUAUGAGCCUAAGAUGGUGUCGCUCGGCCCCUACCACCAUGGCAAGAUUCGCCUGAAAGCUAUGGAAGAUCUGAAAUGGCACUACCUCAAGAAAUUCCUGGGCCGAAACCCCGGCAUGUCGCUGGAAGACUACAUCGAGCAGAUCAGGGAAAGAGAGGACGAGGCACGUAUGGCCUAUUCAGAAAUAGUGGACAUGACUAGUGAUGAGUUCGUUCAGAUGAUGCUGCUUGACUGCUGUUUCGUGAUCGAGAUCAUAGACUUGUGGAAAACGUUUGUGGAAAUACAAGAAGAAGAAGAAGAAGACGCAGUAGAUAAACAAAUUAGAUGUACGUGCCCAUGGUUCCGCACAGCGCGACAGAUGACGUGCGCGGCCGCGCGACCGAUGCCUUGCGAGGCCGUGCAACCGAUGAUCAUAGCUUGCGCGGGACAGAUGACGAUUUUGGAAAGGCAGCAUAUAACGGAUGAGAAAGGAACAGAAGCUGUGCAGAAUCCAAUUACAAGUACAUGGCACACUCUACCAGCGGUCUCGCGAGACAUGCUGAUGCUGGAAAACCAGCUUCCUUUCUUCCUCCUCCAGACUCUGUUCGACUCUGCUUAUCCUGACCAGCCGGAUCUCCUAAAAAAGCUGGCACUCAAAUUCCUCGGCGGAACAUUCAUGAACAAAGAGAUGAAAUUGACAUCCGACAAUGGGGACGUUUACCAUCUCCUACAUAUGAUCCAUUUUGGCAUUUCCCCCCCAGAAAAGAUCCGAGACGACGGUGAACCCUUCGUCUUCUGCUGGCUCUUACAGUCGAUGAAAAAGUCACGCCAUCUCUCCAAAGACGAUCUAGAGGGGACCGACCACCCAACUCCCCUGUUGAAAUGGAUUCCAAGUGCGACGCAGCUGAUGGAGGCUGGAGUACAUUUUAGGAAGAAGGAGAAGGCCACGAACUUCUUGGACAUCACCUUUCAUAAUGGUGUGAUGGAGAUCGCCUUGCUUCAGAUAGAUGACAGCACCGAGACCUUCCUCAGGAACCUUAUAGCAUUCGAGCAGUGCUUCAAAAAUGUCAGCCUUCAUGUCACGGCCUACGCGGCGCUCAUGGAUUGCAUCAUCAACACCGCCGCCGACGUCGCGUUGCUCCAGCAACAUGGAAUCAUCCUUAGCGGUUUGGGCGACGGCAAGCAAGUCGCCAAUCUCUUCAACCAACUUUGCAAGGAGGUGACGUUGGACUACGAGAAAAGUUAUGUUUCAGGCAUCUACAAAAAUGUCAACGACCACUGCGACACCAAAUACAACCAAUGGCGAGCGAGGCUUAAUCAUGAUUACUUCAGUAAUCCUUGGGCGGUCAUCUCGGUGUUUGCAGCUAUCUUGCUCUUCGUUCUCACCAUAACGCAGACCAUCUAUUCUGCUCUGAGCUAUGUUCGACCACCAAAUUAGUCUCCGUAUUAUUAUUAUUGUUGUUGUUGUUGUUGUUGUUGUUGUUAUUAUCUUCUGCCUCUUCCUGUAGGGUUUGAAAUCUUACUGGUACUGUGCGAUUCUCUGGUUGGUGUACUGUAAUUUGUUAUUGCAAGCAAUAAAGGGUUUGCUUAGUAGUUUGAAUAAAAAAAUAUUUUUAAUGUUUUUGUUA